GUAAAAACUAAAAUUAGAAGGGAUUUUAUAGGAAUAGGGAAAUGAUGAACAAGUUGUGGUCUUUCCUUUUUUUGUUAGGCUUUUCAAUUCUUAUGAUUGUGGCUGGCUUAGAAGAUGAGGAAUCGAACUGCUUUGCCCUGCGUGACGAAGCGUGUCCCAAUGCCAACAUUACCUUUUGGCUCUACACAAAAGAAAAACCGGAGGGAUUGGAGAUCUCACCAUUUAGCAUUCCCGUACUUGAAUUUCUACCCAUGAAAUCGCUCAAGGUGCUGAUCCAUGGAUUCAAUGGUCACCGCAACUAUACGCCCAACGUCCAGUUACGUCCUCGAUUUAUCAAGCUGGAUAUAAAUGUGAUAUCCUUGGACUUUCAAAAACUGGCUAAUGAACCCUGCUACUCGGAGGCAGUUCACAAUGCCAAGUACGUGGGUCGCUGUAUUGCCCAAUUGCUGCGAUUGCUACUCGAAAGCAAAUUGGUCGCGAAUAAGGAUGUGCAUCUUAUCGGUUUGGGUUUGGGUGCCCAUGUGGCGGGAUUCGUGGGCCAGUUUAUGCCGGAACAUAAGUUGGAACAUAUCACUGCCCUCGAUCCGGCCAAACCUCUUUACUUGGUCAACGAUACGGCCCAGAAACUUGAUCCCACUGAUGCCAAAUUCGUGGACGUUGUGCACACGGAUGUGCUGAUGCUCGGCCUUCUGGAGGCAGUGGGCCACGUGGACUUCUACUUGAACAUGGGCGUAGAGCAACCUAAUUGUGGGCCGGUGAAUCAAAUGGAAACCCAUUUUUGUUACCAUAACCGAGCCGCUGAUUACUACGCCGAAUCCAUUUCGUCAAAUGCCGGCUUUUAUGGCUUCUACUGUCCCAACUACAAGAGUUUUGCGACAGGGGCCUGUGUUCCCAAGAAGGAUAUAGAACCGAUGGGUUUCUACGCUCAUCCAGAAGCCAGGGGCAGGUAUUUUCUGGAGACCAAUAAUGGACCGCCUUAUGCAAAGGGGACAAACUAUAAGAAUAUUAAUCGUCAGCUCAAAGGUCGCACUUUCAUGAACGAUGAACUCAUAGACCAACUCUUUGAAAACAAAGCUGAUGCUUAGAAAUAUGGGUUACUAAAAUGUGAUUAACCAAUCCAAUAACCUAUUUUAAAUAAAUAAAUUGGAAAAUA